AUGGCUGGAGGUCUGGCAGGAAUGGCAACAGUAGCCCUCACAUAUCCAUUCUCUACAGUGUCAACUAGACUACAAGUCCAACAAAAGGCAGCGUUUAGACAACAGCAACAACAACAACAGGGUGGACCACAACAGAACUUACCAGUGCCUUAUAAGGGUACAUUGGAUGCAUUCAAGAGGAUAAUUGAGGAGGAGCACUGGACUUCAUUGUACAAUGGUCUAAAGUCUGCGAUCGUUGGCAUUGGCUGCUCAUCAUUCGUCUACUACUACUGGUACUCUCUGUUGAAGUCCAUCUCACUCAAGGCUCAAAACAAACAAGAGCUUGGCACCAUUGAGAACCUAUUCAUUGCUGCUCUCUCUGGUUGCGCCAAUGUCGCUACGACACUACCAAUAUGGGUUGUGAACACUCGUCUCCAGCUCAAAUCCAAUGCCAACAACAAGAAGGGCAUUGUUGAGAUGUUCAGAACGAUCAUCAGAGACGAGGGUGUCAAGGGACUCUACAACGGAUUGAUCCCAGCUCUCAUUCUCGUGUCAAACCCCUCAGUCCAAUACGUGUCCUACGAGAAGCUAAAGUCCUUGUGGAAGAGAGAGGGUCACAGGAACAAGUUGACCUCAGUUGAGAUAUUCAUGCUUGGAGCAUUGGCCAAGCUGAUUGCUGGUGUUGUUACCUAUCCAUACUUGUUGGUUAAGAGCAGACUCCAGGCCACAGCCAGUUCAGAGUCACCAUACAAGGGUACUUGGGAUGCCAUCGUCAAGAUAUUUAAGGCUGAUGGAUUCCUUGGAUUCUUUAAGGGAAUGCCAUCAAAGAUGGUGCAGACUGUUUUGGGAGCAGCCUUUAUGUUCCUGGUCAAGGAGAAGAUCGUUUACUACACAGUCUUCUGUUUGUUCUACUUGAAGAGCAGAAUGCUCGGUCAAAGAAGAGUCAAGAUCUAA